GUCAAAUCUUUGCACCACAACAGCUAUAUAUCUUCGGAUUAUAACUAAUACCAUUACUCGCUUUUUGUAUAAACAUGUUAUUUUGUUUGAGCGAAUUUGUCUUUGAUUGUUGGUAAACACGCCUGGAUAAGCAACAAGAUUUUUUAUAGAAUUGUUUUGACAAUAAACAGUCUGGAUUAAAAAUUCAUACCUAGUCCGAGCCAAAAAAAAUAAGGAGGAAAGAUUGCACACGUUUGAGCGUGGAAUCAAAAAAAGCGUGUACUCGUUUUGAGUUUAUUUAUUCCUAGGAAUUACAUCAGAACAUCUGCUUAAUUGGUCAUGAAGAACGAAUCAAAUUUGGUUCUGGUUUUAUUGACUAACUGUUUAUUUUUUUAUCGGCACGGAAGCAUUCUUUGUUGUCUGUGUUGCCAAUAGAAUGGUACGAACCGAUCAGCAGAUGACAGGGGAGAGUGCAGACCACGGGCAUAGUGGGUCAAGGAGGACUAGACAACGCAAUGUGGAUAUCGUCACUUACAAAUUGGGCAACACGCCAAAAAAAUUGGCACGAGGUCCCGACUCGAGUGAGCUGUUGGCUCAAAAGGAGAACUUUUUAAACCAUGGGGUGCUACCCAACUUCAGCCAACUGGAGAAAAAGAAGUAUAACCACACAAAGGGAAAAGGUGAAGUUCGUUUCGAGUUAUUUAACCUGGCCAGGAGAAUCUUAGAAACAGUGCGGGAGAACUUUGUCAAUGGGGAAGUGUUUAUGAACGAGUCGUAUGGGCCAAUCAUAGACAAGGCGCAGGCUUCUAGGACUAUCAGGGGGUACCUGGAUGCGGAUCCGAUUCUGAGUACCAUCAAAGUCGCAUGGAGUCAAGACAUCACAUCCAGCGCAGUGAUGAUCACCCGUGGUCCUGUCUACCAGCCGGAGAAAAGGACAUACACCAUGGUCAUCAAAGACGACCCCACCAUGCCAUACCUGCGCACAGAGGGAAUCAUGGCUCUAGCACACCACGAGGUUGGGACCCACUUUGUGCGCUUCUACAACGACGGACUGCAGCCCUGGAACGCCAACAGGAAGUCCUACAAGUUGAGGAAGCUAGGCAACGUGACUGGACUGCAGUCGGAGGAGGGGCUGGCUACUCUGGCCAGUUUGUUCGCCGCCAAGCACAAAUAUCUUUACAAGCCGGCCCUGCUCUACUAUGUUGCCUGCAUGUCUUCUGUGAUGGACUUCCGUGAACUCUACGAUCACAUCCAGGGACUAGAACCAGAUCCAGACAUGCGAUGGCGACUGGUGUACAGAGUGAAAAGAUCUCUGGACUGUGACCAGGUGGGCGGCUACGGCAAAGACCAGUGCUACCUGGCAGGGGCCGUGAAGAUAUUACUCAACAGGAAACUGAUCAACUUCAAUCUCCUCUUCACCGGGAAGCUAUGCUACGAUGAGGUGGACAAGGUCAAAAGGAUCAUCAGGAAAGACGGCUGCUUGAAGCCUCCAUACUUUAGCGACAUGUCAUCAUAUUACAAGCAUCUAGACACGACUUUCCAGCUGAAUUCCUUGGCAGAGUGUUUUCCUGGUUUCCUCCAGUGUCCCAAUAUCAGGUGUCCGGCAGUCAUAUCUUCGGACUACAACCCGGAACCACUCGAGUUCCUUCCCCUCUCGAAGGAGCGGAGAGAUAAAUUAAACGCCGAUCAUCUAGAAGCAGAAAAAUCAAAGCAACUUCACGCUAGACAAACAGAAAAAAGUACAGAUAAUGUUGAGAAUAAAGUCAACUCUGAGCAGAAAAGUUUAUCCGUUUUGGGUAGCAAAGAAGGCAGCAAAAAAGACGGAAGCUCAUAUAAAGCAAAAGCUAACUGUGAAUUUAAAAACGAAAUUUAUAACAUCGGAGAAGCAACGCCUACUAGCACGAUGAAUCAAAACACAGCCAUGGCUUUUAAAGAACUACUACAUGACCCCCAAAAUUUGACAUAUAUGAUGUCAAGUAGAAUAUCAAAAAGACUCGAUGAACCUAUCUUGUUGUCGAAGAGGAGAGCGCGGAAAUCAGCAAAUCUUCCUACAAUCCCUUCGAUGGAUUCCAACUCUUCAAGCAGCAAAGAAAACACGGAUAAGAAGUUUUUUGAGCGGCCGAAACGGAGUUUCAGGCUGAGAAACGAAAAACCUGCUCUCAGCUCGGCGAAGAUUAUCAGUGUGAAUGAUUUGAGGUCAAAACUUGACAACUAAAUGCAAAAUACUACUGUUCAUUAAUCUUAAUUGUAGCUGACCUUUUAAAUUUUUGGUUGGAGUAAUUUAUUUAAAAUGAGUUUGAA